GCUUCCUUUUUCCCCGAUUUGCUUUUAUAACGGCUUCUUGAAAAGUUGGAUUUUGCAGAAUAUUAAUGGAGGAAAACCAGAGAAGCAAUUUCAGGAAAAUUUGUGUUUUUUGCGGAAGUCACUCUGGUUACAGAGAAGUUUUCAGCGAUGCUGCAAUCGAACUUGGCAAUGAACUGGUGAAGAGAAAGAUAGAUUUGGUUUAUGGCGGAGGAAGUGUUGGGCUAAUGGGUCUGAUAUCUAGGAGAGUCUCAGAAGGUGGUUGUCAUGUGCUCGGGAUCAUUCCAAAAGCUCUGAUGCCUGUUGAGAUAUCUGGUGAGACUGUUGGAGAUGUAAGAAUUGUUGAAGACAUGCACGAGCGCAAGGCUGCGAUGGCUCAAGAAGCUGAAGCCUUCAUUGCGCUCCCUGGAGGUUAUGGAACUAUGGAGGAACUGCUGGAGAUGAUAACAUGGGCACAGCUUGGUAUUCAUAAGAAGACGGUUGGUCUUUUGAAUGUUGAUGGUUACUAUAACAGUUUGCUUGCUUUAUUUGACACUGGAGUUGAAGAAGGUUUUAUUAAGCCAGGAGCUCGUAAUAUCGUUAUUUCUGCCCCAUCCGCCAAAGAACUUAUGGAGAAGAUGGAGCUAUAUACUCCUUCACACAAGCACAUAGCUUCUCACCAAACCUGGAAAGUGGAACACCUGGCUGGAGAUUCAUGACACUGGUGAAUUAAUCAUUCGUGCUUUUGUGCAUAUGGAACAAUCUCUUUAGCAUUUGAAACAGCAGUUAUGUUUUCAGUCAACAGUGAAAAAGCUUUUGGUUUAUGUUUAAGGCCAUUAUUAUUCAGA